AAAUAGAUUGCAAUUUUGCUGAUAAAGCUGGACACAUUUCUUCACUGUUACCAGUCAGAAGCGUUAUGGUAAAAUAUUACAGGAAGAAUGAGCUGCGAGGUGCAGGCUGCAAGACAGCAACUCACAGCACGUUCAUUAGUCCAGUAAUCAGUACAUAGGGGUCAAAAUUCAGCAGGGAAAAACAGCAGGGUAAUCCUUACGCAAAAGAUCUGAGAGACAGUAAACACAAAGAGCAAGGAACACAGAUGUGAUGAAGAAAUCCACAGAUGUCAGGAAAAUAAGUGAAUUCGUUCCCUCUUCACUGUAGAGUGCACUAUUUGGGGUAUAGCCGAAUGGUCUGUUGUCCGAAUUAUAUUACAUGGAUAGUUCAUUAUAUUAGUACCCAUAAUGCACCAUAAAUCCAGUGUAUUUGUAGUGAUGCAUAUUACAAUGAUUUCUUUUAGUAUCGGAACAGCUUACAUCAUAUAUAAAUGUCAAUGCAAAUGCCGAUCAGUCGAUUGCUUUACGACAUUAAUCACGUAGAUUUAUUUAUUCAUAUUUUCACAUAGGCUAUCCAUGAAACUAGGCUUAAGGGAAAAGUCUAUCCUGAAACACAUCAAAUACUGUUAUAUUGAAAUAUUUGUGAUUUGUUUAGUGAUUCUGGUGCCAAUUUUUUGGUUGGUGCUUCACAUUAUUCCUGUGAGAAGUUAGCAGUUGUCUGCUGUGCUAAUGAUACAACGGGAAAUUGCCCAGUUACAGUGGUGUUUUCAGCAAUCUCAGACAUAAUGGUUAACUGUCACAUUUUGUUGUUGGCUCCCAAAACAAAAGAGCAAGAGCUUCUUUUGUCGCUGAGCAUUUUCCGGUGAUGUUCAGGGCCAUAUGAAAGAGAAAUCCAACCUAGAAGUAGUAAAGACAACAAAGAGACUCAAAGCAGCGCAGCAAUUUAGGCUGCUCUUUAGGCUUGGCUAGUUAACGAUCUAAGAGAUGAAGAGCAUGACAGCGUUGAUGAUGGUUUGAUAUGAAAGUCAUUCAGGGUCGAUUUUUUUUCCUUUAACCAUGCUAAAUAAGAUAACCAAUCCAGCUAUUUUCUUCUCCGUCACGACUGGCCUCGGUACAGUUAUCAUUAUUCCAAUCUGUUAUGAUAUCGCAAAAGGUUUAGGGUCUGCAUCAGUGUGGGCUUCACUAACGCACGCAUAGAAGUAUGCUCUUGUAAACCAAAAUGAGAACUGUGACAUCUUAUAGCCUUGUCAUCAUGUGCAAAUGAGGACCACAAUUGCGCCAUGGACAGGGACUUAAAACCGAGUGGUGAGGUAGAAUAUGCAGAGUGUGAAGAGUCCAUUGGGACAGAAGUGAGGUGUGGCUAAGUUCCUUCCAUCGCUUGCUUCCAGACACUCAAGCUUCAUUAGCAAACUAUCAUGUUGUGUUCUGGCUCCGAGCGAUGGAAUCAAAGCUGUAAAAGUGUGUUUUAUGUUCUAUAAAUCUGUUCUGUAAUGGCUUUCUCUUUCUGUUAACCGCAGCAGCUCCAGAACAGAAUGAAAACAGUUUUUCAUGGCUGCCACUGCAGGCUAGUCAUUACCGAUCUUACUGUAGCCUAGAGGCAACGUGUGGUGUAAUGGCCAGUCGUCGCUCCAGGAGUGUUGUGCUUUUUAGAUGAGUGUGCAACAUCUACUUCUUGAUGUUUUGCAUUAUAUAUAUAUAUAUAUAUAUGUGUAUGUGUGUGUGUGUGUGUGUGUACGAAUAGAUAAGCCAGUGGCUAUUUGGUGAUGAACUUCCUCCUUCUCCCUGCAUGGUUUCCAUCUCAACAAGAACACCUGUUAUACUCUUCACACACCGCAGGGAUUGCUAUUUUGCAGCUUAGAGGCUUAUUAAAAGAGACAAAAAAUACGAGUGAUACAUUUCUUAGCAAUAUUUCACUACUGACAAUCAACCAAAUCCUUGGAGUUGGAGUCAGCAAGCUGCUCUGAAUCUUCACAGUGAUGGACUCAAGUUGCUGCAAGACCUGAGCAAAGGGUUUUUUUUUACCUGCAGCAUAGUCGGGUGACCUCAUCACUUUGCGCUGCUAAAUUUAGAUUGUUCUAGUUAUUUUUGCAAUGUUUCCACACUUUGUUCUUUAUGAGGAUAUUUAAGCUUGAGUGUGAUUUUAGGGCAGUUAUGGUUCUGGUGUCUCCCUGUACUGUACAUUUUCCACAAGUGCACAAGUUCCACCUACUUUACUACAGUUACCUUAUUAAAGGGGAAUUUAAGUGUUACUGUAAAACAAUGCUACUGUAAUAUAGUGGUGAUUAGCACAUGCAAUAAUUUUGACACCUCUGUCUGUAUUGAAAAAACAGAUUUAAAAUAUGUUUACAUGAAACUUGCUUAUAAUUGAAACCUAAGGGCCCUUGUUGUUUUGGAGAAUGAUUUCAUGAAUUCUUCAGUUUAAAUUUGUCAGAUAAUCUCUAAAAUGUUAUGAUUUUUCUUCGGGACAAAUAUUUCUCAAAAAAUGCUCUCCAAAAAAGUCUCAAGAAUUCCCUCUCUUGGUGCGUGUCAUGGUUUCCAGCACAGCGAAAGCUGUUUGCUUUUUUCCUUCUUCUUCAUGUGCUUUUCUUUUGGUUCUGGUCCUGUCUCUGGCCCUGCCUUGUCAUUGGUUGAUUAUCCUAUUGUGUUCACCUGUUCUGUGUUUCACCUCGUUUAGUUUGGUUAAAUGUUCCCUGUUGUUUCUACUCCUCGUUGCAAAGUCUUGCCAGUUGUACUGUGCAGUUCUGAACAUGAUUUCUGUGUGUUAUUUUCUUACUCAUGCCUGUAUUAUAGUUUUUGUUAAUGGAUAUUUCUUGUGUGCUACUAGGGACUUCAAAUUACUUUUUGGAUUUGCCCUAAUAAAGCAAACACUGUGUUUACAAAGGGAAGAAUUUGUCACUGAUCGGUUCUCACACCAGGCCCAAAUUCUAUCUGCUCAAAAAGCCCAUAUGUCAGCAAAAGGAACAAUGAAAAUGUGGUAAACAAAUUUACAGUCAUAAAAUUGUUAUAAAGUACUAUACCUUCUACAGCAUUCUCAAAGUGUCAGAAAUGUGCUGUUAGUAAGAACAAACUAAUAUUCUACAAGACAAGGAUAAAAAAAUAACAAUAAUCUUGAUUAUUCGACCCAUUAUGAUCUUUGAGGCUUGAGAUCUCUUUCAUAUCUUUCAGACAAAAGCUGACCAAGUUUGGAUAAAUUCCUUUAAUAAACUCUUCAGUAUUGCUUUAGGUAUUGCUUAUGAAUGUGUUAUAAAGGCCCUAUGUAAGCACCCUUUAAAUAAAUUGUUAGCAAAAUGCUUAAGAAAAUGAAUAAAGGUUGAGACAGACAUAACAGCUGUCAUUUUGAAUUUGUGUUACAUAGUUACAUAUUUUAAGAUGUUUCCUGUCUAAAUUCAACCAUUUAGAAGUCUAUUAUAUGUGAGAUUUAAGCUACAGAUUCUGUAGGACACGGAGCAUGUCCUGUGUUAUAGCAGUAGAGUCACACUGAGUUAUAGCAGUAGUUUGGACUCAACUUCGCAGUUCAGGGAAAAAUCUGCCACUUUUGUUUCUCAGUCUCGGACUUGGAUUGCAUCAGCUGUUCCUGGUCUCAGAUCAUUACCCAUUUGCAAACUUCUUUAUCUUUUUUUGGAGAAGUUUUUUUUAGCCCUGACUGUAACAGUUCUGACUCCAUGUGAGAGUUGGAACAUUCAGCGAUUACAGUUGCUCUGUGUGGGUUGUGAAGUUAUGCAUUAAAUCCAGCACCUAGAUUCGAGUUAAAAGAUGCAGACAGGUGCCGGCCUUUGAGAUCACAAUGCAGUUGGCAGAGGGCACCUCCUCUUCCUCUUCCUCCUCCUCCUAGUUCCGACCCACGCUGCUUUCCUACUCAGAAAUGUGGGUGUUGCCAUGGUAACAGGAAACAGGGAUGCCCGGAGUCAUAGGCUUGUGGGAGGAUUGGAAAUGGUGAGAUUGAGACGUAAUCAGGACAGACAGAGAUUGCGCUGAAGAGGGCUCCCCUCCUGCAGAAUGCAUCACACAGCUCGGAGUGUGUCUGGUGUGUGUGUCACAUGUAUGCCCAUACUUGUCCAUUUCCUACUUCAGUUCACCCCCUGCUGGCAAGCCACGAGUCCAGCAUUGGAGUUAUUUUUGUAGCAGCAUCCAGGCAAUGAGAUUGCACUACAAAACGUGACAGUACAUGUGAUUUUCAGUACUGUUACGUACAUGAUCCUUCCUGAUCAACGUGGUCUGUGAACACAAAAUGAGACUACUUUCGUUUGAGGUUCUGUGAUGGUGGAACUUUCAUUUGACCUGAAUCCGUCACAACGUUCAAAUGUGGGCUGGAGUCUCAAAAAAAAAGGUCUUAACCCACUUUUACAACUGUAUCUACUCAGCAUCAGGCAAAACUCUCUGAGCCGGGGAAUCUUAAAACAUUUCAAGACUAUUUUUACGUCAUAGGUCUAAUCUAUGCGGUACUGUAGCAAAAUAUAGGACUUCUUCAGAGCACUUCUACUGGAAAGCUUUAAAAGCUCUUAGAGAAUGUUAAGCACUAUAUUAAUAACAGUAACCAUAAGGCGAGGAAAAGAAAUAUUUAUUAACAAUUAUUAUAGAUCACUUAAAAGUCCUUUUACAGAAGACAUUAAUUAAGAUCUUCAGGAAAUGCCCAAAGUGUCCCCACUGACUCCGUUUUAACCUCCUGACUCAAGUCUGAGAAGGUCAUCACUGACGCUACCACAUUAACACAGUGUUUGGAUGCUGCUGGGUCUCAGAAGGCAGCAGCAGACACAAACACAGUCCAUGCUGUCUCCCCGUGUCCUGCUGUCUCACAGUGCAAGUGUCAUGACAGGAUAACGGAGGCGUGGUCAGGGGUGGGAGUAGCUCUAGAGGGGUGUGGUCACUGGGAGAGUGGGCGGAGCUCCUGAAGGCACAGUUUAACAGCCGUAGAUGAUGACCAGCCUGUUUCGGCGCAGCACCAGCAGCAACGGCAGUCACGGCUCGAGGGCUAAUGGUAAUGGAGGAUCUGAGCUCAAUAACAGCAAGUCUUCUCGACAGCACGUUCGACGGCUGGAGUUCAACCAGGCCAUGGAUGACUUCAAGACCAUGUUUCCAAGCAUGGACCAUGAGGUGAUCGAGUGUGUCCUGAGGGCCAAUAACGGUGCUGUAGACUCCACCAUCGACCAGCUCCUGCAGAUGAGUUUAGAUGGACAAGGCACGGAUGACAGCUCUGACUCGGAGGACAGCAUUCCCCCAGAGAUCUUGGAAAGGACGUUAGAGCCAGACAGCUCAGAUGAAGAACCCCCACCUGUUUACUCUCCACCCUCCUACGAGAUGCACAUCUAUGACAGGAAGCACCCGGCUGACGUACCAUCAUUCCCUCCUCCCAGGUUUGAUGCCAAUCCUACAACUGGGCAUCGGCAGGUCAGCGGCUACAGGAACUGGAACCCUCCGUUACUAGGCAACCUCCCUGAUGACUUCCUGCGGAUCCUGCCCCAGCAGCUCGACAGUCUGCAGCGUUCCCAGAGCAGCCUGUCCCAGCCUUCCUCGUCAUCAUCGUCCUCGCUGUCCUCUCUGACGCAGUACUCAGCCUCGGAGCAGGACAGGAAGCUGAAGCAGUACCUGGAGGACGAGCGCAUCGCCCUUUUCCUGCAGAACGAGGAAUUCAUGAGGGAGUUGCAGCGUAACCGUGACUUCCUCAUCGCUCUGGAGAGAGAUCGUCAGAGGUAUGAGUCUCUGAAAUCCCAGCGCUCUCAUUCAUCUGCUUGCAUGGAGAGUUCCACUGAAGGUGAUCACAACGCCUCAGGCUCUGAGGAAGCCUGCACCUCCAUCUCAGAUGAUGCCUUGUUCCGUGACAAACUCAAGCACAUGGGCAAAUCCACAAGGAAGAAGCUUUUUGAAAUCGCCAAAUCUUUCUCUGAAAAAACUCGUCGGAGGAAGACCAAAAAGAGGGCUCUCCACAAGCAUCACUCACUCACCGCUGCAGCCUCCACUGCCAACCUUCUGGAGGAUGUAGAGGGACUUACAGCAGAAGAUGAAGGCAAGCUCAGGAGAUCUGGUGCUCAGGAAAAGGAGGAGUCAAACAAGGAAGUGGCGUCAUGACUUUUUCUCAUGUUACGCCCUUGCUGUUCUCCUGAUGGUGGGACAAGCCUCACUUCGAUCCCCCUUUGCCAUCUGGAUCGGCCUGCGGCGAGUCUGCGUGGGCCACGGAGCCGUGCUCUCAAUGUGUGCCCUCAUCUGGAAGGCACUUAGAUUCACAUCAGCGAGCUGGAAAGCUGGAAACGUUGAUCUACUUAGGACUUGUUCAUUCACUUUGAGUUCACCUGAAUCAUGAAAUCAUCACAAGUAUUAUCAGACCUAUUAAUAUUAUCUGUAUGGUUCAUUUUUUUAGACUAGGGCUGACUUGCAGCUAAUUUCAGAUUGAAUAUCAUGCCGAGGUGGAGUUGGCGAUGUUAAGAGGGAGCUGAUGUGCUGCUCGGUGACACUCAGGACUCCACACACAAGCACAAACUCCUCCAUGUUCACCACAACACCCAUUUUUGGCCGCAUUCAAUCUGUCGAAAAACUCAGGAGCAUUCAAGACCAGUGCGGCUUCAUGUAUAAAAUCUGUUUUAUUAUGUAUAUUAACUGUAGUAUCUUUAGCUGUUUGUUUUAGCUCUUCCACCUCCUCUACAGUUCCUCAGUCAGAUCUCCAGUUCAGACUCAUGUGUGAACCGUAAAUAUUAUAAAUUAUUGCACACGAUAAGGCCGAAUGUUUUCCAGUUGAAUCUGGCAGGAUGUGACCUGAGAGGCAUCACUGUGUCCCUCACUGAAGUAAAGAUUGUUGUCUAUCAUUUGUCUUUCCAUUGCACUCAUUGUGCAGGACGCUGCCUCUUUGUACAGAUCACUGACUUUGAUCCAUACCACUCUUUCUUACUUAAAUUAAAUUAUAUUAAAUUUAAUUCAAUUAAAUGACUCUUUGAAAAGCAAAUCAGCAUCUCUGUCUUUUUUCACACUAGUGCCUAAUUAUUAUGGCAUUGUGAUGGUUCAUUUCCAGGAAGUGAGCAGAUGCAUGUUGUUAUCGUAAUGUCCUGUUGCUUCAAAUCCAAGCUUUUUCUGGCUGUUUUCGUGUUUGUCCAUGUGCAGCUACUUUUAUCUCUUGGUUGCACAAAUAUCACGUACAUGUCCAUCUCUAGUUCAAGUCUGGAUUCCAGCACUUCCUUGCAUUGUGUUCGCUUCCUGUCUUCAUUUCAGAAGUGACAAAUUACAUAAAGGAACAGUUUGAUAUGAAACAAACUCACAUGGACAUGGGGAGAGACUCCAUACAAAACUGCAGGAUCGAACCGGGGACAGUGGCGCUGUGAGGACCCUGCCAAGGAUAAAGCAGUUAUUAAAAAUGAAUGAAUGAAUGAAUGAAUGACAACACACCAGAUUCAGCUAAUCAGCUAAUAAACACACAUUCCUGUACAGAAGUGGGUGUGUUGGAGCAGGAGAAACACAGGAAAAUGUUCAA